AUGAACAUCCCUCACCUGGACAGAAUCACGGAAAUUGGCUCUCUUCAAUGCAGCAUGACCAUGAAUGAGCAAGCAUCCGACAGCCUCCUGACCCGUGCCACUGUACGCCCUCAGUUUGCCAAAACUUCCCCAAGCCUCGGUAGCAAUGUCACACUGGGCAUAGCUUUGUCGACUUGUUUGCUCCAACAUCCUGUGGCUUGGACUCCAUGCCCAACAGAAACCGCUUUUCCUUGGACAACCUGCUGCCCAUCAACUGAUUAUGGACUGACAUGCAGAGAAUGGCUUGACUUGCUCACCGCCACCAGCGUUUGCGUUGCACCAUCAUUUGUUUCCAAGUCAUUACCUCCAUUCCUCUGUUGCGCAAGCCACAGUAGGGCUACCACCGGAUGUAUGUCACGAAAAACAGAGUGCCUGAUGCUAUCAUAUAAGUACCCUUGUACUCUUCUCUUACCACGCGGUAAAGCAUCUUUGCACCAAACACCAUAUUCUCUUCCAUAG